AUGAAAAGGUUGAUGCUGUCAGUUUCAUACCGAAAUAGCGCAAAGGUGACAAAGCCAAGGAGAGUAGGUCCCUUUAAGGCUCCAGUCGCAUCAUCACUCUAUGACAGGGCUCGGGUGUUUCCCAAAUUUGUAAAACGACAAUCGCCAAGUACACCAUCAGCACUAACAGAUUUAAAAACACAGAUUGAAAAUGGAAGAAAGCUUUCCCUUGAAGAUUACUUUGCAAGCUCGCAUUUCAUGUUUAAAGAGGGUCUGGAGAAGCUGUCCAUGGAUUCCUUAAAACUGGCUCUCUCAUUAUUCCACCCGAGAAACAAACCGUUCGUGGCCAUUGACUGCGAAGCUUAUGAACAUGGGCAUCACAACAUCACGGAAAUAGGAAUAGCUAUACUCAAACCCCAAUCAACUACAGUACCACAGAUUGAUGCAACACAUAUUAUAAUAAAGGAGCAUUUACAUAAAAGAAAUUCGAAAUAUGUUCCCGACAAUAAAGAUCAGUUUCUACAUGGCACUUCUUACAUCGUGAAGGAAAAGGAUGCAAUUGGGAUCUUGAGAGAAGUGCUAGAUAAAUACAUUGUUAGCCAAAACGGAGUACUAGUUGGUCAUUCCAUAAGCUCCGAGAUAAAGUAUUUCAAAAGUUUGGGAAUCGAGUUGCCACCGACAAUUCAAUUAUUGGACACUUUGAAACUACACAAAGUUGGCAGAAGUAAUGGCGGCUCACUAGGUGGAUGUCUCAAGCUUUUGGGAUUACCGUGUAGCUAUUUGCACAAUGCAGGAAACGAUGCGUAUUAUACGCUAUUAGUCCUUUUGUCAUAUUGCGAUCCAAUUGUACGAAUCCAGAAAAAUUUGGACAUCUAUUCGACAAGUGAGUUUACGGGAAAGUAUCCACAUGAUAGCAAGAUCGCUUUUGUUGAGGUUGAUGAUAUUUCGUUGUUGGAAGUGUAA